ACAACAGGGCUGGCAGAAAAACAAAGCAGAGAGAAAAACGUUGUGACUGAAGCUGCACGAGUUCGAGGAGCUGUCCAGAUGCUGAAAGCAACGUGCAGCCCUUCAAUUAGUAAUACAAGCUGGUGGCUCUGGAGGAACUGAUGUGCUUUUAACAUUAUAGAUGGAAAUAAACUAUUCAUCCAUUGCGUGUGACUUUAGGGUAGAAUUUGAGGCGGCAAUUUAACUCUGCAGAAAACCCCCAACCAAGUAAAAAUUGUACUCUAUAUUCACGGAGCCGGGUGCUAAUCUGAUCGUUUUGUAAACGGCUUUGGAGCGAAACGACGACCCGUCCAGCCCAUGGAGCCACAGCUUGAAUCUGCAACGAGUUGUGUCCGUCGCAGCCCAGCAUGUAGGAGAAUGCAGACAGGAGGGGUGGAGUUCACAGCUUCUACUUCUCAAACGCUGCUCCGAAAGAAGAGCUCAUUCUCUGCCUGGUGAACAGCGGAGUUGGCACUGAUACGUCCUGGCAUGUGAUCCCACUUUCGUCAAAUCCACUGCUUUGCUGCUGCAGCCUCCCAUUAAACUUCCCAUGCUGUUGCCCGUCCAGUGGACAGCACUUAGGAGGUUUGUCUGGACCGUAUCUGCUCCCGCUCGCUCGCCCGCCGCGCUGCGGCUCUCCACGGUCGGCUCUCCGGGUUCGGAGGGACUCACGCGGCUCAGUGAGCUGGCCCGUGUUUCCUGCACACAUGGAGGGAGACGUCAUGGACAAAGUGGAGGCCACGGCGACGGUCUGUGACUUCGAUCCCAACGGCGGGAGCAUCCCGGCCACCAAAGUGGAGAUCACCGUGUCCUGCAGAAAUCUUUUGGACCGAGACACUUUCUCCAAAUCCGACCCAUUGGUGGUGUUGUACACGCAGGGCGUGGAGUCCAAACAAUGGAGGGAGUUUGGGAGAACAGAGGUGAUAGACAACACACUGAACCCGGACUUUGUCAGGAAGUACAUCCUGGACUACUUCUUUGAGGAGAAGCAGAACCUGCGCUUCGACGUGUAUGAUAUUGAUUCUAAAAGUCCAGAUCUAGCAAAGCAUCCAACCGACUUCAACGACUUCCUGGGACAGGUCUACUGUACACUGGGAGAGAUAGUGGGAUCACCUGCCAGUCGCCUGGAGAAACCUCUAGGCGGCAUACCUGGGAAGAAGUGUGGGACCAUCAUCUUGUCUGCUGAGGAGCUGGGAAACUGCAGAGAUUAUGCCACCAUGCAAUUCUCUGCCAACAAACUAGAUAAAAAGGACUUCUUCGGAAAGUCGGACCCCUUCAUGGUCUUCUACAGGAGCAAUGAGGAUGGCACGUUCACCAUCUGCCACAAGACUGAAGUGGUGAAGAACACGCUGAACCCUGUGUGGCAGCCCUUCUCCAUCCCUGUUAGAGGGCUCUGCAACGGAGACUAUGACAGGACAAUCAAAGUGGAGGUGUAUGACUGGGACAGAGACGGGAGCCACGAUUUCAUCGGUGAAUUCACCACCAGAUAUAAAGACCUAUGUCGAGGCCUGAACCAGAUAAACGUGUACGAGGUGGUGAAUGCCAAGAAGAAAAUAAAGAAGAAGAGAUACAUCAACUCUGGGACGGUGUCCUUGUUGUCGUGCAAUGUGGAGUCAGAGCACACCUUCCUGGAUUACAUCAAAGGAGGGACUCAGAUUCACUUCACAGUGGCCAUUGAUUUCACCGCAUCAAACGGAAAUCCGUCACAAUCCACUUCACUGCACUACAUGAACCCGUACCAGAUGAAUGCCUAUGCCAUGGCCCUAAAGGCCGUGGGAGAGAUCAUCCAGGACUAUGACAGUGAUAAGAUGUUCCCUGCCCUGGGAUUCGGUGCUAAGCUGCCCCCUGAUGGGAGGGUUUCCCAUGAGUUCCCCCUGAACGGCAACGUUGAGAACCCGUUCUGUAACGGGAUGGAGGGGAUUCUCGAAGCUUACCAUCAAAGCCUUAAAACGGUUCAGCUCUAUGGACCAACCAACUUUUCUCCCGUCGUUAAUCAUGUGGCCAGGUAUGCAGCAGCAGUGCAGGACGGAUCUCAGUACUUUGUUCUGCUCAUCAUUACCGAUGGCGUCAUAUCAGACAUGGCUCAGACCAAGGAGGCUAUAGUGAAUGCAGCUAAACUCCCCAUGUCUAUCAUCAUUGUUGGAGUUGGCCAAGCCGAGUUUGAUGCCAUGGUUGAGCUGGAUGGUGAUGACAUCCGGAUUUCCUCCCGGGGGAAGAUGGCUGAGAGAGAUAUUGUUCAGUUUGUCCCGUUCAGAGACUACAUGGAUCGCACAGGCAACCACGUGCUGAGCAUGGCGCGCCUGGCGAAGGACGUACUGGCAGAGAUCCCGGAGCAGCUCAUCUCCUCCAUGAAGAGCCGAGGCAUCAAACCUAACCCCGUCCCCCCGGCUCACUCGCCUGGAGAACAACUCCAGACCAAUCUCGUUUGAGCGCCAAUAGCCAUGGGCGUUGAGGUAGGGCAGCAUCGUGGUCGAAGGGACCGGACUUCACAACCAUCCUUUGGGAGAAGCUUUCAAGGCCCGUUCAUGAAUAUUCAUUUUCGGAAAAAUUAGGUGAUGGGACUCCAUAUUGUCUUGGAGUGGUAUGACGGCUUUUGUUGAACCUGCUGAUGAUCAGGAAGUAUUUUUCUUUUCCGAGUGCUGGAGGAUGAGGAGGCUGAGGGGAGGAUGGGGCGGAAGGAGGGUUUAAGUUGUGUUGAAGUGGUGAUGUAUUGGAUAGCAAGUAAACUCAUAGGGAGAGCCUGUUUGGAGGCAUACAUAUAUUAGAAUGUUACAGUGUGUAUCAUGUUUGUGAUACCUUUUGGAAUCGGUGUUCGGUGAAGUAGGAAAUCAUAUGUAUACUAAUGAAUUUACCUAUUUUUGCAGAAAUCAUUUAUUAUUUUUAAAUGGUGGGGGAUCAGAUUAAAGUCCUUUCUCACUGUAGUUUUCCAUCUUAUGUUUUAUGACUGUAUUAAAAGAAAUUCCCAUUUCUACUUUGUUACGUUCUGGAAUAUAACCGCAUGCGAUGAAGCCUAAUCUGCAGUUUAUAUAUUGUUUUCACUGAUAGAUCAUUUAAUUGCAAGCAGUUAUGUAGAGGUCCUGCUGUGAGCUGUUGCCAUACUGAUGUUUGAGCCCCAUGUCUUUUACCUAGUUCUAGUAUUUAUAGAAACAGAAUGCACUGAUUACUGGCAUAUCAAAAAGCACAAAGGUUGUAAAAAAAAGAGAUUAUUCUGAUGGCACAAUAAAAACUAAUGGAAAGGACCCAAUGCUUUCAGCGCAGCUUUAACGCCAUGCAUUAUUUUAAACAGAAUGAAAGUCAAAUAAUGUUUAGAAAGAUGACUAUUCUGGUAUAUUAAAAUGAACCUAUAGUAUCACAAAAACAGCAUGUUUACAGAAAAAUAGAUGAAUAAUUCAAAGCACAGACUUGUUUGUUUGCAGAGAGGUAAAUUAUUAGUCAUGCUGCCAUGUCUCGUUUGUCAUCCUGCUGUUUGUGUUUCUUUCCAUUAUAUUUGUUUGCGUGUACAGUUUAUUGUCUGGAAAUUUUCUCUACAACCUACAAAUUCAUUUUUGAACUACUCAUUGAGGAUGAGGAUAAGAAUGCGCAACAUCACAAUGAACACAACAUCACAAUUUUGUUUUCAAGACAGCUGCCCAUAUGUUCAUGUUGGUUUUCCACAUGUUUUCUUUGCUACUGUGUACACAAGUCAGUUAACGCCACUGUGGCCAAGAUGGCCAAUAUUUCCAUAAGCAUCCGUCACUCAAUAUCUCGAUCCAAAUGUGCCUAUUGUAUGGAAACAUAUCCAAAUUACCCAGGUGUUUCUCUGCCAGCAGCAGCAGAUCUCAUGUUCAAGGUGUACACACAGAAAAUGUUGGUGACAAUACAACUGUUGCAAGAUUAGAGGACUUUUUAUACUUGCAGCUCUUCACUAAUUGUCUUGAAAAAAUGAGAAUUAACAGUGUCGCUGAGCCUUGUACAAUAUUCAAAGUCAUGACUUGUUUACAACUCAAUUGUGGCUGCAGGAUUAACAGCAAACAUUCAUUUAAAAAUUAGUUUAAUUUUGAAUCCGCUGUACAUUAUUCACUCUCAUUCUGCACUUAAAGGAUGUUUCAUUGAAUGACACAGUCUAAACUAACAUUCGCAAAUGAUUUUUCUUUGUUAUAAUUUGUUUUGUGCUACUGCAAUUCCUGUGGUUUUACAAUCUUUGUUACUGCAUAAUGUUCUUUGACUGCCAUGGCUUUAGUGCUAUUAGAUAGGUAUGAUUUAAUGGUAUUGCAGAAACUCCAGAAUCAGUGAACUGCCAGAGACCCAGAUCCGUAUUUGGCGUUAUUCUUCUCCCUUUUUUAAUUUUUAAUUUGUGUUGACAUUCAUUCCUCAGAUGACAAAGCAACGUUUAAUCUGCUGCCAAAUCCACGCGUUCACCAGAAAUUAAAUAAGGCCAUUAAGUUUUAUCACAUAACACUACUUAAUACCAGAAUACCUCUACAAAAGCCAUUCAAUCCAAAAAGGAAAUAAUAUAUACGCAUUGAUUACAAUUGUUAUGAAAUAUCUAUAUAUUGAAAUUAUAAUGACUUACUCACACUCUGAUAUAUUGACACAUCUUUACAAUUACUGAAAGACAAUUUGGCUAGGUUAUUUAGCAGGCAUGUGUAUAGCAUCAGCAUGCAGCUUAUUCGCUAUGAGUGUGAACAGGAGGUUGGGGUCAAAAGUUAUGUGCACUUCUCACACAUGCUUCAUUUAAACAAGACAAGAAAUGGCGCUUUUUUGGGGCCGGCCUACUAACAUGAUGGAAAGCUACAUGCUUUUCUCUGAGAUUUCCUCUGAGCAGAUACCAUAAUCUUCAACCCUCAGUAGUGAACACAUAAUUAAUAAAAAUGAGCACAGCAAUUACACUUAUGCAAUUAUGAAACAUUAAGUUAUUAUGAAAUAUAUUUUUUUUUCCGAGAAUAUAUCUAACUAUUUUUUCUUGAUGGGAAUGGCUUUGAUCAUCUCCAUUAGAGUUUUCUCUGAGGCUAAAAUCUAAUUAUGUACAUAAGACCCAUAUAACAAUAUUCAGUGCCAAAAUGUGUUCAGUUGUUGAACUUGGCCUCUCUAGACAAUGUGCAUGUUUGUGGCAAAAUGCUUGGAGGUUUGGUAGUGUACCUUCAUUUCAUUUGAUUAGUGCAUCCGCCAUGUGCUACGUUUGUUAUUUGGGGGGUAAUUAAGAGAUUUUAGCCACCUCGCAUGUUGCACCUCUGGAUUCUUUCCUUUCUGUUCCUAUGAGACACAUUCUCACCACUUCUCCUGUUUUACCCCGGGUUGUUUACAUACCUCGUUUGCUCUCUGAAUUGCAUGCUGAACAAUUUCCAAACCAGGUGUUGGACAUGAUAUGGUUGUCAUACUGUGUUUUGUGAAAUUCUUUGUAAUGGAUUGCCUUAACUGAUUAAUAAAAUAUUGACAACUUUG